CGCUGAGCAGCCUCGCCUUCGCCUCCCGCGUUUCCUGCCGCCCGCCCUCCCCCGGCCGGGCUCCAGGGGCGGCCGCCUAGCAGCUCCCGGCGGGAGAGCGGCUCAGAGAGCGCACGGGGGCGGGCAGAGGCGGCCCGGUGCGGGGCGGCCGCGCUGGAGAGAGGCGCGCGCGGAGACGCGGGCCCCCCUCUCCGCGUUUGCUCGCUUGCUCCCCGCCUCCCGCACUCCGCUGGCUCCCACCCCUUCCCGGCGUGAUUGAUCCGUCACGGGCGCCGCCGCUGCCUCCGCCGCCGGGGCCGUUCUGAGCCGAGCAGGAGCCCGAUCCCGAACCGGAGCCGGGGCCCGAGCCGGCGCCAUUGCGCGGGCGCUGAGGGGAGAGCUUGGCGCGGGGCGGCGGGCCAGGGCAGGCCAUGCGGGCCGAGUGAGCCGGCGCCCGCAGCCCGCGGCGCGGCAUGGCUUCCGCGCGGAGCUCCGGGCAGCCCGGGCCGCCGCCGCCGCCGCCACGGCCGCCUGCGCGCCUGCUGCUGCUCCUGCUGCUGCCGCUGCUGUUGCUGCUGGCGCCCGGGGCCUGGGGCUGGGCGCGGGGCGCCCCCCGGCCGCCGCCCAGCAGCCCGCCGCUCUCCAUCAUGGGCCUCAUGCCGCUCACCAAGGAGGUGGCCAAGGGCAGCAUCGGGCGCGGCGUGCUCCCCGCCGUGGAGCUGGCCAUCGAGCAGAUCCGCAACGAGUCACUCUUGCGCCCCUACUUUCUCGACCUGCGGCUCUAUGAUACCGAGUGCGAUAAUGCAAAAGGGUUGAAAGCCUUCUACGAUGCAAUAAAAUACGGGCCGAACCACUUGAUGGUGUUUGGAGGUGUCUGUCCAUCCGUCACGUCUAUCAUUGCAGAGUCCCUCCAAGGCUGGAAUCUGGUGCAGCUUUCCUUUGCUGCAACCACGCCUGUGCUAGCUGAUAAGAAAAAAUAUCCUUAUUUCUUUCGGACUGUCCCAUCAGAUAAUGCGGUGAACCCAGCCAUCCUCAAGCUGCUCAAGCACUACCAGUGGAAGCGCGUGGGCACGCUGACGCAAGACGUGCAGAGGUUCUCCGAGGUGAGGAACGACCUGACGGGGGUUCUGUACGGCGAGGACAUUGAGAUUUCGGACACCGAGAGUUUCUCCAAUGAUCCGUGCACCAGUGUCAAAAAGCUUAAGGGGAAUGACGUGCGGAUCAUCCUUGGCCAGUUUGACCAGCACAUGGCAGCAAAAGUGUUCUGUUGUGCCUACGAGGAGAACAUGUACGGGAGUAAGUACCAGUGGAUCAUCCCAGGCUGGUACGAGCCUUCCUGGUGGGACCAGGUGCACACGGAAGCCAACUCAUCUCGCUGCCUCCGGAAGAAUCUGCUUGCUGCCAUGGAAGGCUACAUCGGCGUGGACUUCGAGCCCCUGAGCUCUAAGCAGAUCAAGACCAUCUCAGGAAAGACUCCACAGCAGUAUGAGAGAGAGUACAACAACAAGAGGUCAGGCGUGGGGCCCAGCAAGUUCCACGGGUACGCCUACGAUGGCAUCUGGGUCAUCGCCAAGACACUGCAGAGGGCCAUGGAGACCCUGCACGCCAGCAGCCGGCACCAGCGCAUCCAGGACUUCAACUACACGGACCACACGCUGGGCAGGAUCAUUCUCAACGCCAUGAACGAGACCAACUUCUUUGGGGUCACGGGUCAAGUUGUGUUCCGGAACGGGGAGAGGAUGGGGACCAUUAAAUUUACUCAGUUUCAAGACAGCAGGGAGGUGAAGGUGGGCGAGUACAAUGCUGUGGCCGACACGCUGGAGAUGAUCAACGACACCAUCCGGUUCCAAGGAUCCGAACCCCCAAAAGACAAGACGAUCAUCCUGGAGCAGCUGCGGAAGAUCUCCCUGCCCCUCUACAGCAUCCUGUCUGCCCUCACCAUCCUCGGCAUGAUCAUGGCCAGCGCUUUCCUCUUCUUCAACAUCAAGAAUCGGAAUCAGAAGCUGAUAAAGAUGUCAAGUCCAUAUAUGAACAACCUCAUUAUCCUUGGAGGGAUGCUCUCCUAUGCGUCUAUAUUUCUCUUUGGCCUUGAUGGAUCCUUUGUCUCUGAAAAGACUUUUGAAACACUCUGCACUGUCCGGACCUGGAUUCUCACCGUGGGCUACACCACCGCCUUUGGGGCAAUGUUUGCAAAGACCUGGAGGGUCCACGCCAUCUUUAAGAAUGUGAAAAUGAAGAAAAAGAUCAUCAAGGACCAGAAGCUGCUUGUGAUCGUGGGGGGCAUGCUGCUGAUUGACCUGUGCAUCCUGAUUUGCUGGCAGGCCGUGGACCCCCUGCGGAGGACGGUGGAGAGGUACAGCAUGGAGCCGGACCCAGCAGGACGGGACAUCUCCAUCCGCCCUCUCCUGGAGCACUGUGAGAACAGCCACAUGACCAUCUGGCUUGGCAUUGUCUAUGCCUACAAAGGGCUUCUCAUGUUGUUCGGUUGUUUCUUAGCUUGGGAGACCCGCAACGUCAGCAUCCCUGCGCUCAACGACAGCAAGUACAUCGGGAUGAGCGUCUACAAUGUGGGCAUCAUGUGCAUCAUCGGGGCCGCCGUCUCCUUCCUGACCCGGGACCAGCCCAACGUGCAGUUCUGCAUCGUGGCCCUGGUCAUCAUCUUCUGCAGCACCAUCACCCUCUGCCUGGUGUUCGUGCCAAAGCUCAUCACUCUGAGAACAAACCCAGAUGCAGCAACUCAGAACAGGCGAUUCCAGUUCACUCAGAAUCAGAAGAAAGAGGAUUCCAAAACAUCCACCUCCGUCACCAGUGUGAACCAAGCAAGCACAUCCCGCCUGGAGGGCCUGCAGUCGGAAAACCAUCGCCUACGAAUGAAGAUCACAGAGCUGGAUAAAGACUUGGAAGAGGUCACCAUGCAGCUGCAGGACACGCCAGAAAAGACCACCUACAUUAAACAGAACCACUACCAAGAGCUCAACGACAUCCUCAGCCUGGGGAACUUCACUGAGAGCACAGAUGGGGGAAAGGCCAUUUUAAAAAAUCACCUCGAUCAAAAUCCCCAGCUACAGUGGAACACAACAGAGCCCUCUCGAACAUGCAAAGACCCUAUAGAAGAUAUAAACUCUCCAGAACACAUCCAGCGCCGGCUGUCCCUCCAGCUCCCCAUCCUCCACCACGCCUACCUCCCGUCCAUAGGAGGCGUGGACGCCAGCUGUGUCAGCCCCUGCGUCAGCCCCACCGCCAGCCCCCGCCACAGACACGUGCCCCCCUCCUUCCGAGUCAUGGUCUCGGGCCUGUAAGGGCGGGAGGCCUGGGGCCGGGGCCUCCCCCGUGACAGAACCACACUGGGCAGAGGCGUCUGCUGCUGCAGGGACACUGUCGGCUCUGGCUGCGGAGAAGCCGGGCGCCACGGCUGGCCUCUCAGGACUGCUGGGAUGGCACUCAGGAGGACAGGAAGGGAGGGGGGACUCGGCACCUGACCUCGAGCCUUAUUUGUGAAGUUCUUGUCCCUUCACAAAGAAGAGGAAUGGAAACGGCUUCUUCCUUAAUGUCUGCAAACAAGGAGGAGCUGGGAUAUUUGAAACUUGCACAAAAAAAUCUAGACAAGGAGAGAGGCACUAGAACUCCAGCUAGAAGUCGCUGAGUGGCCCGAAGCAGCCUUGGGAAGAGGCACGGGGCUUCUGGAGAAACCGCCUCUGCACUCUGCACACGUCGCUGGCUGUGGCCCCUCAGGCCAGCCCUUCUCCACUCUGGGGGAGGAGGAGGCGGACAGGGCCGCCAGGCCCCCAGCUGCCAGGCCAGCCACCCCCAGCCUUCCUGGAACAGGGAGUCUGCAAGAGCCGCAGACAGGCACAGCCCGGGGCAGGCGGCCGGAGGGCUGGGGUACCGGAGCAGGCGGACUUGCAUGCUCCUGAUGGGACCUCCAUCACCAAACGAGAUGUUUGUUACUCUGGUAAAUGCCACACGUCAACACAAUAACACCCGUUCCAGGGACUGUGGGGAUUUAGGGCACGUCACUGCAGACACGCUCUGCAGCAUUCACCGACAGUCUGUCAUGCACCCACCACGUUGGCCAUGUCCUUGUGUUCACAUCGGGUGUUCCCGGUAAUAAGGGGGACCACCCGAGCCAACCAUGGAAUGUCUGUUCCCAGCAAUCGCGACGAAGAAAGAUUGUGCACUUUAACCUCUCUCAUCAGGGCCCAAGGGCUGGCUGGGAUUUUUUUUUUUUUUUUCACUGACUUUGUUUCUGACCAAAGUGAAUUGGGGGCAUUCUGCUAAAAGACAUCCCUAUAGCCAUGGGGAGAGAGUUACUGGCUGAGGGCUUCCCUUGGCUUCCAGAAGGCAGCCUUCCACCCAUACAAGCCAGUGAGCUCUCCCCGGGGGUCCCUGGGGGUGACCAGUCAGCAGACUGACUCUCACUCAUGAGAUCGCUCUUCCCUUUCAAGUGAACCCCGAGGAGCACUGGCCUGGGAGCCAGACAGCCCUGGGUUCAAGUCCUCAGUCCCCUGCUGACUCCCUACAUGACCUUGGGCAAGUCACUCAUGUCUCUCUGAGCCUCAGUUUCCCCUCUGUAACAGAUCGGGGUUGAAAUAACACCCGUCCUGCCUACCUCACAGGGUCACUCUGAGGAUAGAAACUUGAUCUCGUCCAGGAAAGCUCGGUACCAGACAGUGAGGCGGCCCUGACCCGUGAGGUAUUAGUGUGACUAGACCUUCAGCCCUUACCACAGCCGGGGCUGUGGCCCAGAGAAGCUUCCAGCACAGCCCUCUACCCCGAACAACCCGGCUGGAGGGAGGCUCCCCAUGACUUUUCUGACAUUCCUAGACAGGUUCAUUCUUUGCUAAAGAAAGGCCUGAAUGACAACGUCCAGGACGUCUGCACAACUGAGCGGCUUGCUCACUCCCUAAAGAAACCUAAUGGCAGCUUCAACAGGCAGGCAAUAAUCUCUUCCCAGAACCACUGCAGUCAGGAACACACUGUUGUCACCACCAGGCUUUGACGAAAGGGCCCACAGGAAUCUUACCAUCGCCAACAUUUCAAAACACCCUAUUUCACGUAGCAUAGCUUUCUGCUCCCCUCCCCAAAGAGAGGUUAUGGAGGUACUGUAGCUUUUAGGGAAAAAAAAAAAAAAAAACGUUAACACAUCACAGGUCAAGUUGAAGUCAUUCUCUUGUUUAGGCACUAAAAAUCGGUGUUGUCACUCACUGUGUAUUACCAGUAUUUACUUGCUUUCUUGAUUUCACCAAAACCAAAUUUAAUUUUAAAGACCACAUUAAUUUUUCAAAGGGGAAAGAGACAAUUAAUUGUACAUAAUGUAUACACACAAAAAAUACCUGUAGAAAUAUUAUUCCAGCAUAGCAGGAAAAAAAAACAAACAAAAGUAUUGGACUGUCGGAGGUGAGUGUGUGCGUCUGUAACCCUUUGUGACUCCCGAACGUGCACAGUCUUCUAGGUUAACCCACGAAGUACAUUCUCCGUCUUACUGAUACUGUAGGUUCACCCAUUUUUUUUAAUUUCCCCGCAAAUAACAAGACCCACAGAAGUGACUCUAGCUAUUUAAUGGUUCUGUUCUUUUAUAUGCAGCAAACACACCGUCCAUUUCCGAAGAGGCUUCGGCCCGAAGGCAUUUUCCAAUGAUGUUAGUGCACAAAUGCUUUAAAUUAGACUGGAACUGCCAGAAUCAAAUGUAAAUGAGGAAUUUCUCGUACCCCUACUGCAUGGUAUCGAUUUUUAAUAAAUUGUUGCAAAUUUGUUUUUAUGAAUAAAAGGAAAAAGACUAUCAUCUUUAAUGCCUACUCUUCCCAAAAUGCAGGUCAGAUAGGGCCAUAUUCCUCUGCUCAGAAACUGAGGGACAGUUCUGGGGGUGCCUGCUCAGCACCAUCCCGUCCCUCAGAAACCACACUCCUGCCCUUCUACUGACAGCACAGGGCAGCCCUGUCACCAUGGGACCCCAACUUUUGACCUGAGGGUAGCAACGUGACCCAAGCUGGGCCAACAAAUCCCUUCCCCGGGAUUCUUCUUUGUAAAGAAAUUUAGUCUGCCAUGAAAGAGAGACAUGGAGUCACAGGAGAAAAACAGGAUCAAGAGCUGGAUCCUGAAGGUGCCUGAGUUCCCAGUUAGCUGUCCCUUCCUGUCCUCCUCUGAAAGCACAGCCCUGCUUUGAGGGGGAUGGAGAAGGAUACACUAGGAGGGAAUCUGGAGGCCCGCCCUUACUCCCACCCCUGGACACAGGGAUUGGUUCAGGGAUAUGCUCAUUACCCAAGCCCAGCCAAUCAGAGCCUGUCCCACAAUUUCUGCUAGCUGUUUUCAGGAGGUUAGAAGACACCCUGGGCCUUCACCUGCUCCAUAGGUAUUCAGGCCUUCCUCAGAUUCUCUGUUCUUCCAAUAAAUUGCCCUUUUGCUUGGGUUAGUUCAAGUUAGGUUCCCAUCACUUUUUUUUUUAUUUCAGCAUAUUAUGGGGGUACAAAUGUUAAGGUUACAUAUAUUGCCCAUGCCCCCCUCCCCAGUUCCCAUCACUUUUAACCACAGGUUGUUAACUAACAUGGAAAACUCACUGCCUCCCCAGCCCAGCCCCGUGUCCAGGCCUACCCAGCCUGUCGGAUUUGGCCCCAUGCUUCUUUCCACCGCCUGCCCCUUGUUCCCCAUGGAGUCACCCCACAGUCUGUGACUUCUUCCAUGGUGCUGGGCUCUCUGCCAGCAGCUCCUCUCAUCCUCCUAGACCCCCUAAUGCUCUCCUCCUAUUGUAAUGCUCUCCUAUUCUCUGAGCUGAGGACACUGCCCCACCCCCUCAUGGCCCUGGGUACAUGCUCGCACUGUCCCCUCCCAUUCUGGGUCACAAGCUCCCUGAAAAUGGGUGUUGUGCUGCUUCCUCAGUGUUCCACUAGGCAGCAGUCCUCCCUGUGGCUCACGACAGGCUUUAGCAAGGCAUUGCAGAGCUGGGCAUUUUGGCUGAGGUAUGUCCCAAUUGGUUGCUGGGUCUGGAAGUUAGAACAAAGGCAGAGGUGGCCAAAGCACGCUGCAGAGGCCCAAGGCCAUGUGACUGGGUGUGGUCUCCAGAAAUGGGGGGACUGCACUCACAGACUUCACUGGAGCGCUGCACCCAGGCCAAAGUUCUUCAGUGCAUGGGCUCCUGAAUGGUGGAGCCUGGCAAGGAGCAGGCAGCCUGAAUCCUGGGCCAAGAGAGCCCUGCUCCAUGCCUACCACUCCACACCACCUCUUAGCCUCCUACUCGAUAUAGGUUGUUCAAAGGUGAGAAACAAACCCACCAGGGGGAAGGGACUUACCCAAAGUCUCCCUUCCAAGUACUAACCAGACCCGACCCUGCUUAGCUUCCGAGAUCAAAUGAGAUCAGGCACGUUCAGGGUGUUAUGGCCAUACACUUACCCAAGGUCACCUAAUGAGUCUGUGGCAAAGGCAGGAACAACCAGAUUCCUGACUGGUCUUCCUUCUCCACCUGACCAAGAGUCACAGAAAUUAGAGCUAAGAAGGAUCACAGAUUAUCUUGUCCAACCCAUCCUUGUACAGGUGGGGAAACUGAGGCCAGGCUGGUCGACUGCAGCCAAGGUCAACCAGAAGGUCAUAAGAGAACAAGCAUGGAACCCAGGUGUCCUGGCUUGAAGACUCAGCUCUUCUCUCUCAAGUCCACUUACUCACACCUGUGCUACCACAGGUAGAGCAACCCUGUAGUAGUGAGACACUACCACAUGGAGCCAUGUCUCAGCCACCAACUCGAGAAACCUACAUAUAUGAAAACUCACUAAAUAUGGAGCCAGCUGAAGAAAAUAAGGAGAGAAAUGCCAAAGUGUUGAAAAAAAGCCUCCUCCUCAUCACUAAGGUUCUCCAUGCCUUGCUUGGCCUCGAAGAGCAACAAGACUAAAGGAAGGGCCCAGAGAACAAUGUUGCACUGCAUUCUUUUUACAAAGGGUUCUCUUUGUCUUCCUUUGGUUAUUUAUUACUGGCUCAUUUCUAAGGUAAAAUAAAUAAAGAAUAUUUCCCAGC